CUGUAGCUUCUCCUCUGGAAGAAGUGGGCAAGGCCAUUAAGAAUAGGAAACAAGGGGUAUAGCGACAAAGAUGGAUGAACAAGCCCUUUUAGGGCUAAACCCAAAUGCUGAUGCAGACUUCAGACAAAGGGCACUCGCCUACUUUGAGCAGCUGAAGGUAUCUCAGGAUGCUUGGCAGGUCUGUGCAGAAGCAUUAGCUCAAAGUAUAUACAGUGAUGAUCACAUCAAAUUCUUUUGCUUUCAAGUCCUAGAACAUCAAAUUAAGUUCAAAUACUCUGAACUUACUGAAGUCCAGCAGCAGCUAAUAAGGGAAACACUCAUAACAUGGCUGCAAGCCCAGAUGCUGAAUCCCCAGCCUGAGAAGACUUUUAUUCGCAACAAAGCAGCACAAGUCUUUGCAUUGCUUUUUGUUACUGAAUAUCUCACCAAAUGGCCCAAGUUCUUUUUUGAUAUUCUAUCAGUAGUUGACCUUAAUCCACGAGGAGUGGAUAUGUACCUCAGAAUCCUGAUGGCUGUUGAUGCUGAGCUGGUAGACCGUGAUGUUGUUCAUACAUCAGAGGAGGCUCGUAGGAACACCCUAUUAAAAGAUACUAUGAGGGAACAGUGCAUUCCAAGUUUGGUGGAGUCGUGGUACCAAAUCCUACAAAAUUAUCAGUAUAAUAACUCAGAGUUGACAUGCCAGUGCCUUGAAGUUGUUGGAGCGUAUGUAUCUUGGAUAGAUUUGAGCCUGAUAGCCAAUGAAAGGUUUAUAAAUAUGCUGCUAGGUCACAUGUCUGUGGAAGUUCUCCGGGAAGAAGCAUGUGAUUGUUUGUUUGAAAUUGUAAAUAAGGGAAUGGACCCAGUUGAUAAAACAAAACUGGUUGAAUCUUUGUGUCAAGUAUUGCAGUCUGCUGGCCUCUUCAGUAUUGAUCAGGAAGAUGAUGUGGAUUUUCUGGCAAGAUUUUCUAAGCUCAUCAAUGGGAUGGGGCAAGCUUUAAUAGCUAGUUGGACUAAACUGGUAAAAAAUGGUGAUAUAAAGAGUGCUCAAGAUACUCUGCAAGCUAUUGAAGCAAAAGUGGCCCUAAUGUUGCAGCUCCUGGUUCAUGAUGAUGACGACAUCUCAUCUAAUAUCAUUGGAUUUUGCUAUGACUACCUUCACAUCCUGAAACAACUUUCUGCGCUUUCAGACCAACAAAAAGCUAAUGUAGAGGCGAUCAUGUUGGCUGUUAUGAAGAAGUUGACAUAUGAUGAAGAAUACAAUUUUGAAAAUGAGGGUGAAGAUGAAGCAAUGUUUGUGGAGUACAGAAAGCAGUUGAAACUAUUACUGGACAGACUUGCUCAGGUCUCACCAGAAUUACUGUUGGCAUCUGUCCGCAGAGUUUUUAACACUACACUUCAGAAUUGGCAGACUACGAGGUUUAUGGAAGUAGAAGUAGCGAUAAGACUACUCUAUAUGUUGGCUGAGGCUCUUCCUGUAUCACAUGGUGCUCAUUUCUCUGGUGAUGUUACAAAAGCUACAGCUUUGCAAGAUAUGAUGAGAACACUGGUGACUUCUGGUGUUAGUGCCUACCAGCAUACAUCAGUGACCCUGGAAUUCUUUGAAACAGUGGUUAGAUAUGAAAAAUUCUUUGCUGUUGAACCUCAGCACAUUCCAACUGUUCUAAUGGCAUUUUUAGAUCACCGUGGUCUUCGCCAUACAAGUCCAAAAGUGCGAAGCAGAACAGCUUACCUCUUUUCCAGAUUUGUCAAGUCUCUUAAUAAGCAAAUGAAUCCCUUUAUUGAAGAUGUUCUGAACCGAAUACAAGACCUACUGGAACUUUCUCCUCCUGAAAAUGGUUACCAGGCUCUCUUAAGCAGCGAUGAUCAGCUGUUCAUUUAUGAAACGGCUGGUGUGUUAAUAGUUAAUAGUGAAUAUUCUGCAGAAAGAAAGCAGGUUCUAAUGAGAAAUUUGUUGACUCCACUGAUGGAGAAGUUUAAAGUGUUAUUAGAAAAACUGAUGAUGGCACAAGACGAGGACAGACAGAUGGCACUGGCAGACUGCUUGAAUCAUGCUGUUGGGUUUGCUAGCCGAACCAGCAAGGCUUUCAGCAAUAAGCAGACUGUAAAACAGUGUGGCUGCUCUGAAGUGUAUUUGGACUGCUUACAGACAUUUUUGCCAGCUCUCAGUUGUCCAUUACAGAAGGAAGUCCUGAGAAGUGGUGUCCGCACCUUCCUUCACCGCAUGAUUAUUUGCCUAGAGGAAGAAGUUCUUCCAUUCAUUCCUUCUGCCUCUGAACACAUGCUCAAAGACUGUGAAGCAAAAGAUCUUCAAGAAUUCAUUCCUCUUAUAAACCAAAUAACAGCUAAGUUUAAGACACAGGUUUCACCUUUUCUGCAACAGAUGUUUAUGCCGCUACUUCAUGCUAUCUUUGAAGUGUUGCUCCUUCCAGCAGAAGAAAACGACCAGUCUGCUGCUUUAGAAAAACAAAUGUUACGGAGGAGCUACUUUGCUUUUCUGCAGACAGUAACCGGCAGCGGAAUGAGUGAGGUCAUAGCUAAUCAAGGUGCCCAGAAUGUGGAGCGUGUGUUGUUCACUGUCAUUCAAGGAGCAGUGGAUUACCCAGAUCCUAUUGCACAGAAGACUUGCUUUAUUAUUCUUUCUAAGCUGGUGGAGCUGUGGGGAGGCAAAGAUGGACCAGUGGGUUUUGCAGACUUUGUCUACAAACACAUUGUCCCCGCAUGUUUCUUAGCACCUUUAAAGCAAACGUUUGACUUGGCAGAUGCCCAGACAGUAUUGGCUUUAUCAGAAUGUGCAGUGACAUUAAAAACAAUUCAUCUCAAAAGG